AUGCCAUCAGUCUGCAGUAAAUAUUUCGAAACCUUCCCUUUUGAUCUCUGCAUCAAAAAAAGUUCGAAGGAUCCAGAAAUCAGAGGGAAGGUUAGGCAACUUUUAGGCACAAAGAAGGCUGACAUCCAAGAACUUAAGAAUAUUUGGAGCAAACGGAACAAAAAAAAUGUACUCAAAGAUAUUAAAAAUGAAGUGCCGGUUGCAACCAAUAGUAAAGGGACGGUUACUGCUUCGGCAGCGCAAUCCAAAAAAAGAAAAACCUCUGAUGAAGAAGAAUGGUUUAAUGGCUUGAUGAGAGUUGCAAGUUCUCUGUGGGUGUUGGUAACUGCUGCAGACACACACAACAUCGCUUAUUUGUCAGGCUAUAUUCCUGAUAUAAGCGUUGUUGACUCUGCAGAUGCGGAGUAUGGCACAUUUAUUUCUAGUAAUGUUCUCACAGUGCUCGAAAUAAAACGUCAGAAAUGUGUGUCCGGCCUGACUGAUGAGGACAAGGGCCAGCUGUUGGAUUAUAUCUACAUUUUAGUCCAACAGCAGCCUAGCCGACGAUUAUUUUCCGCCUUCUUAUCAGAUGGAAGAUUCUUUUAUGUGAUGACUUUUGAUAAAGGUGAUUAUACUUACAAGGAGCAUACUAUGAACUUUCAACAAGGUCUAGCGCUCUUUUAUAAUAUGAUUUGUCAUAAGUCAUCAUAUUUACUAUUGGUCGAAGACUAG